UGAUCCACCCUGCUAAGUCUCGAGUGUGAAAUCAAUGUACCUCAUUUCAAUCCAGACAUUCUAUCGCUUGGAUGGUUUGAUUCUUUAACAAGUCAGCGCAGAAAGGGUAAAUAGCCAUGGGCAACACUCUCGGAGCCUUUCGGUUCAUGACGCGGGGGAACCAGUCUUACGCGCCAGACCGCGAGGAGGAUUUCGCGGAGAAAAACAUCGGAGUUCCCUGCCGUGUGGUGACCGGCAACAAGGUCGCCCAGAACGUCGUGGCUAACAUCGGUAACAUUUUGACGAGGGAGGAAUUCUCCUUUGGCAUCGCGGUACCCAGGAGGGAUUUCACGGGAGGUGUUUGUCCAAGCAACGUGACCACAGGAAAGACUCACGAGAAGUAUAAGAGGUUUAUGCUCGAAGUCCUCUCAAAGGCUAGCGGAGAGAUCCCGGUUUUAAUCGCGAAGUCCGUGCUGUCCAACAUCUCCCAGUGGGGAAGUGCACCGCGCGACUUCGAGUUAAAGAUGAUGGCCGUGGUGGCGGAUACUCUGAUCCCUAGCAUCUUCGGCCAAUCAACACCUUUUGAAGCUGAAGAAAUCGAUCUUUAUGCCUCGGGUGUGAUUGAGCCUACUGCACCCGUCUUAAAGCAAUUAUCGAGGAUGAAUCUUGACAAAGAACGCCAGGCGUUGAGCUCUAUCGUUGCGAAAGUGAAGACGUCAGAGAGGUACCAGCAACUGUUAGAUCUUGGCAAAUCGCACGGAUUGACAGAAGAAGAGACGACGGGUCAACUGCUCUUCACGGCAUUCUUUAACGGGAUCGCCGGCACCACAGUAAAUAUUGUGGGAUCCUUCGCCCGCCUGGCCAGCAUCAGCGGGGAGGACCGGGAGGAGCUACGGGAGGAAGCGCUUGCAGCCCUGAAGAAACACGGAGGCCUGACUCCCGAGGCCCUGGGGGAGAUGCCGAAGGUAGAGAGCUUCGUCUUGGAGAGCCUGCGAGCCAACCCAAGCGCUUUAAUCUGGGGCUUCGUCGCCCCACGCCCGACGACUCUGAAGUACACCGCGAAGAGCGGAGAACGCGAGGUGGAGAUCAAAGAAGGUGAGCUUGUGCUUGCCAGUUCCUACUGGGUACUGAGGGAUCCCGCCGUCUUCGACAAACCAGAAGACUUCGUGUGGCGCAGAUUUCUUGGUCCUGAGGGGGAGGCUCGUCGGCAAGACCACGUCGUCUUCAUGGGCCGACUAAACGACACACCCGCGCCCAGUAACUACAUGUGUCCGGGUAAAGACGCGGCGCUGUCGCUGCUGAAAGGUAGCGUCGCCAUCUUCAACACCUUCUUUGGAUGGGAGCUGCAGGAGCCGCCGGUGUGGACGGGGACGAAGUUUCUUCGCUCUGCAAUGCCUGACAACGAAGUGAAAAUCAAGAAGUUCUGGGUGCAGCACCCUGAAGACUUGAAAGACAUCUUCCCAUCCCACGCUGACGACAUCCUUAACGCCCUCGUGUGAUCACCAACGCCUUCAGCAUCUGACUGCGCUAUUCGCAUCAGCAGUUUUCAUCAAGGUCCAAAUGGUAAUCUUGGUAAUCUCUAUCUCAAGUUGCAAACUGAGAACGUUCACAUACAUGUACAUGUAGAACAUUUCUUCUUGUAAGUCGGUAAUGGAUAAACUGAUUACAAGAUUGAUUUAACAUUGCAAGGAUAACACUAUAACGUUAUAGAGAUGUCCGUUUUGGAGUGUUUCACAAGAUAUGGUCUAUCAAUAUAUCCAUGAGAUUUGGUGGGAGUAGACGUAGAUGAAGUGUCUUCAAACUUACACUAACC